AUGUCCGUUGACCAGAUAACGCCUGGUAUGGAACAGCUGGAUCUGGAUGAGAUCUACCCUUUCGCAAUACAACUUGGCAAGGAUGCCGGAGCACUCUUGGUGAAAGGUCUGGAGAGGCGGCGAGCAGAGAGUCAUGAGAACGAAGAGCAGAUUGAGAAAAUGAAUGCCGUCGACAUCGUCACUGAGGUCGAUCAUGAAGUCGAAGCAUUCAUUCACACCGCAGUGUCUGAAAGAUACCCCUCACACGCCUUCAUAGGCGAAGAAACCUACUCGGCCGGCCAAUCCAAAGACUACCUCGUCGAUUCCCGCCCAACCUGGAUAAUCGACCCUCUCGACGGCACUGUCAACUUCACGCAUGGCUUUCCCAUGUUCUGCGUCUCCAUCGCUUUGGUCCACAACCAUGUCCCUGUAAUCGGCGUCAUCAAUGCGCCCUUGUUGAACCAACUCUUCAGUGCUUGUUCCGGGAAGGGCUCGUGGUUGAAUGAAUCGACAAGGUUGCCGUUAUUGGGGAAGAAUAUCGGCCCCCUACCGAAAGAUGCGCCGCGGCGGUGCAUUUUCGCGUGUGAGUGGGGCAAAGAUAGACGCGACAGCAAGGAGAGUAAUCUCGGCCGUAAAGUCGACUCCUUUCUUACUAUGGCAACGGAACCUUCCGGGCGCGAUGGUUUAGGAGGUAUGGUGCACGGCGUCCGCAGCCUAGGUUCCGCGACCAUGGAUCUGGCGUACACAGCCAUGGGCAGCGUUGAUAUCUGGUGGGAGGGUGGCUGUUGGGAGUGGGACGUCGCCGCAGGCAUAUGUCUACUCAACGAAGCAGGUGGACUUGUGACGACUGCGAAUCCCCCGGAAGAUGAGAAGUGGGAGGAAUGGACGGAUGUGCCGGCGGUGAAGCUCGGCGGGAGGCUGUACCUGGCGAUACGGCCGGCGACGGAUGCGAGGGAUGGGAGCGAGACGGGCAGACAAUCACAGGUCAGGGUUGUGAAGGAGGUAUGGAAACGGGUUCGGCGGCUGGAUUAUAGUCGACCUGGGGCAUAA